GGUAUAAUAACCUAGUUGGAAGCGCCAAAUCUGAUCCUAAGCGUUUCAACGCCUACAGAAUGUAUCAGAAGUUGGUGAUUAGUAUCUUUGUUAAUGGACAAAGGUACUUACAGUAACUUUGAUAAAUGGAGCUCCAGAAUGGUUUCUGGGGUUGAGUUCCGGUGCAAAGUGAGAGUUCCUAUCAUUGCUGACCUGCCAACCUUAAAUGAGAUUUCUUCUCAGGAUUUCGAGUAUGACUUUUUGCAUGAAAGGCAGGUGAUUGCUGAUUUUGAGGACUAUUUUAAAGCAAAGAAAGAUUCGGAAAAAUUACCUCCCACAUCUGUGUGUGAAAGUCCACUAGACCAACCAAAUCCACUACAGAAAAGUGUUAAACAGGGCAUUGAAUUACCACACAAUGUCCAUGUUUCUGAUCGUCAGUCACUUUCCUCAAAUAAUUUGUGUCCAUCUUCCGUUUCUAUGACACCUCCACCUGCUGCUAGUCACCUUGUUUCCGGGAGAAUUUUGGAACCCAGCAUAAUAGAUAGUGGAGCAUCUAGCCAACCGUGUAAAUCAGAGCAGACGAAAAUUCCAGGUGAUAAACGCGAAUGUUCUGGUACAGAUUUAAUUCAUAGCUCUUCUGCUAGUCCUACAAUUUGUACAUACUUAAAAGAUUUUGAUAUCCAACCUGACGACCCAUUUACGAUGACUGAGCUUAAAACAAUAAAUGAGCUUGAAGAACUUAGGAAAAUUUUGAUGCACGAUUCAGUGUUAAGUUCCUGUCAACCACAAAGUCAUCAUUUAACAACUACGGAUAUAAUAAAUAAUGAUAGUGAAGGUUCGUCUAUCAUCAACUAUUUGGAUACUCACUUUGUAAAUUCGAAAAACUUGAGUUAUCCUUUUUCUAGUUCACAGUAUAAAUAUGAAACAGCUAAUUCAUUCCAAAAUAAAUCAGGUGGCUUCAUAAAUAAUCCUAAAAGUGACCAUAAAGUGCAAAAACAUGCUCAAGAAGUAGCUAUCUCCAAUGGUUUUCAUGAUUCAUCUGAGGUUGGAAAUGCACCGACAAAAUUUACGAAAUUGUCUGCACCAUUUUUAAAUUCCUGCGUUCCGUGUGGCAUAAAGUCGAAUGCUGUAACUGAGCAACCUCAAGCUCUCAGUGGUAUCAGUGAACGAGAUUACUUUAUGAAUUCUGAAAAAUAUGAGCACAUAUUGAAAACCACUUCUACCGGCGCGGGAAAUUUUGAUUCACAUCAUUCUCAAUUAAAACUUUUAGAAAGUUUAUUACCAUGGGCAACAAGUUGUGGUUUUUCUCAUUCUCAUGCUCGUCGUCUUUUAGAAUUAGGAGUACAGAAAACAGUCUUUACAGGUCAGAAUCUCGAGCAAAACAAAUUAAUCUUAUUAAAUCUUCUUCAUACCUUCAAUUCACUGUUGACAACUUUCUCCACUAAUCAAAAUUCUCAUAAGCUUAGUGAACAAUCAGCUCUUUUAAUUACAAUUACCUAUCCCAAUGAUUUAUCCAAGGCCCAACAACUGGCCCGUUUAGUGUUUGACCUAGAACAAAAUGGAUUUUCACAAGAUAUAAUUUGUCACUUUAUACAAAACCCUCAUUCUAUCAAAAAUGAAACAGUGGCCAAACUUCUCAACAAUUUAAUGACAUCAACCAAUACUACUGUUCGUCAAGUCAGUCCUGUUGUGAAUUUUUCAUUUUCAAAACCAUGUAGCAUGAAGUCUCCAGAAAAGUGAGUUAGAAAACAAUGAAAAAUGUAUUCUUCCAGUUUCUGCUGUCUUUUGUUUUCAGUUGAAUGCUAAUAUCAUUUCUGUGUUAUAUUACUACUAAAGCUGUGAUUGUAAAAACAUUUCAGAUUAUUCAGUAAGUAAACAUUUCAUUUCCUGUUGUGUAAAAUAUUUGUAUCUUUAUAGAUAAUAAAUAAUGAUAUUAACAAUAGCUCAUACCAAUCAGUUGUUUUUACCAUUGUGACUUUUUCUCUUUUCUCAGGUUUGUGUCAAGCACACAAUAACCAGAACUAAAAAGCUUUAUGUAUUAUUUACUCAUUCAUUAUCUUAACAUUGUAUAAAUGAUAUAUUUUGUGACUAAAUUCACCACUAUUAACCAUCAGCUGACAAUUGUUUGCUUGUUUUCUUUUUCAACAAUUAUAAAUAUAAGUCCUAUUUUUUAAAAAUAUAUUUCAUAGAUGUUUAUUUUCAAGAAUAAAUUUAUUCGAAAAUUU